AUGUAUAGCCAUGUAUACCCAUCUAAUGCCAUGUAUUGCCAUGUAUUACCAUGUAUAGCCAUGUAUACCCAUGUAAUGCCAUGUAUUGCCAUGUAUUACCAUGUAUCGCUAUGUAUUACCAUGUAUAGCCAUGUAUACCCAUGUAAUGCCAUGUAUUGCCAUGUAUUACCAGGUAUAGCCAUGUAUACCCAUGUAAUACCAUGUAUUGUUAUGUAUUACCAUGUAAUGCCAUGUAUAGCCAUGUAUUACCAUGUAUAGCCAUAUAUUGCCAUGUAUGACCAUGUAUUGCCAUGUAUUACCAUGUAUUGCCAUGUAUUACCAUGUAUUGCCAUGAAUUAGCAUGUAUAGCCAUGUAUUCCCAUGUAAUGCCAUGUAUUGCCAUGUACAGCCGUGUAUAGCCGUGUAUAGCUAUGUAUUACCAUGUAUACCCAUGUAUAGCCAUGUAUUGCCAUGUAUUACCAUGUAUUACCAUGUAUAGCCAUGUAUAGCCAUGUAUUACCAUGUAUACCCAUGUAUUACCAUGUAUACCCAUGUAAUGCCAUAUAUUGCCGUGUAUUACCAUGUAUUACCAUGUCUAGCCAUAUAUUGACAUGUGUUACUAUGUAUUGCCAUGUAUUACCAUGUACAGCCAUGUAUUGA